GUAAAAAUAUCAAUUUGCAGAUUUCCUCAAGAGCUGAAGAUUCAAGUACUUCUAACGUUAGUGAAAGAUGUGCAAUCCUGGGCACUGAUAAAGAUAAUAAAAUAUGUUGCUCACUGCGAUACAAGUUGGCAGUCCUCACCUUUCUCGGAAUAACAUUGCUUAUGUCAUUAUGUGUUAAUAUCAGUAUUGCUAUUGUGGUGAUGGUUAAUAAUUAUGUGAGCUCACCAGGAAUUAGCGGCUUCAACCAAACACACUCAAAUUUUACAUCCCAACACAACUUGAAGCAGGACAAGGUCUACGACUGGAGCCCUGAUACCCAGGGAUGGAUUCUAAGUGCCUUCUAUUAUGGCUAUUCUGUUUUCCAAAUCGCUUCUGGAUUCGUUGCAGACAGAGUGGGAGGGAAGCUACUUGUUGGUGGUGGAGUACUUGGCAGUGCUGUCCCCACACUUCUGAUUCCACUUGCAGCAGAUCUGGGGGCUUCCUAUGUCAUUGCACUGAGAGUCCUAGCAGGUUUGGUAGAGAGUUCAAUUUUACCUGCAAUAAGUGCUGUCUGGUCAGAGUGGGCUCCGACACUCGAACGGUCUAGACUCCUCGGCAUAGUUUAUUCAGGCAUGUACUUUGGAAUUUUUAUCAGCCUGCCGAUAUCUGGGGCAAUCUGCUAUCACGUGGGUUGGGCAUAUUCCUUCUACAUAAUUGGUGCAUGUGGUGUGGUCUGGAGUCUGCUGUGGUUCUGGAUAGCGAGUGACAGACCUGAAACCCACAGGAGCAUAUCUGCUGCAGAGCGGGAAUAUAUCAUUGCUUCACUUCGUGGUCAGGUUUCUCCUCAUGAGGGCGAUAUACCCUGGCUGUCCAUAAUGAAAUCUGCAGCAGUAUGGGCUAUUAUUAUAAGUUAUUGGGGUUGUGAUACAUUCCAUUAUUUUUUGACCACAAUGUUGCCAACAUACAUGGAGGAAAUACUACGAUUUGAUAUUCAGCAGACUGGCUUGUCAUCCAGCAUCCCAUUUAUUGCCAGCUGGCUUCUCGUCAUUUUUGGAGGAGAACUUGCAGAUUACCUGAUAAAAUCACAAAACUUCUCCACUCUUGCAGUCCGUAAAGGAUGUAUUGUUUCAGGGCUGUGGAUAUCUGGCAUCUUUAUUGCAGUUACAGGCUAUGUGGAAGAUUAUAAGUUAACUGUGGCCUUUGUAACAAUUUCUACUGCAACAUCAGCUAUUUCUGAAUCAGCGAUCUAUGUAAAUUGUUUGGAUCUCACAUUAAAGUAUUCUGGGAUUAUAUUCGGAAUCACAAACACAAUUUCCAUAACACCAGGGAUGUUAUGGCCAGUUAUAGUUAAACACGUAACACAAAAUCACACAAUUGAGGAAUGGCGAACAGUCUUUGGGGUCAUUGCUGCUCUUAACGUACUCUGCAGUCUGAUCUAUGCAAUAUUUGGCAAAGCUGAGACCCAGCCAUGGGCAGCUGAAGAAAACUGAAAGAUUCUCUGUAGUUUGUAAUGGAGCCCCGAUUCAUAUAUCCCGGAAGUACUCUCAUUGAAACCACUUUCUAAUUGUUUAUUGCCUGCCUGCUCUUUCAUUUAAUUUCUGUGUAUAAUUCUGUGAUGUUUCUUUGGUGAAUCUGAUCCGGUGAUGUGAACCAGUUGGUGACACCAGCUACCUGCAUUUCUAGAUCAGAUCCCUGGAUCUGUGCUGUGAUUGGGAAUUUUCAGUAGAAUCCUCAACCACAGAAGGUACAAAUUAUUGUCUGAUUAAAUUUAAAGCCAAAGUCACCUACUGACACAAUAAUUUGAAAAUAAGUUUUGUAAUUGAAGCUCCUGGUAAACUGGUCAAGUGAGAAUACUGUCCUGAGCAAAUGUUUAAUACUUGUGUUUAAAGUGCUGAUAAGCCUCAUUUUCUGAUAUAUGCCUUACAAGGAGCUAAUAUUUAAUGAUGAGUCUGUUCAUUUAAUUAAAUUGUUAAAUUUAUUGUUGU